GAAGUGAUGCCACCAAGAAAUGAGAAAUACAAACUUCCUGUUCCACUUCCAGAAGGCAAGGUUCUGGAUGACAUGGAAGGCAAACAAUGGGUCCUGGGCAAGAUGAUUGGCUCUGGAGGAUUUGGAUUGAUAUACUUAGCUUUCCCCACAAAUAAACCAGAGAGAGAGGCACAACAUGUAAUAAAAGUGGAGUAUCAGGAAAAUGGUCCAUUAUUUUCUGAACUUAAAUUUUAUCAGAGGGCUGCAAAAAAAGAAUGUAUCAAAAAGUGGAUAGAGCUCAAACAACUUGAUUAUUUAGGAAUUCCUAUGUUUUAUGGAUCUGGUCUGACCGAAUUCAAGGGAAGGAGUUACAGAUUUAUGGUAAUGGAAAGACUAGGAAUCGAUUUACAGAGGAUCUCAGACCAGAAUGGUACUUUAAAAAAAUCCACUGUCCUGCAGCUGGGUAUCCGAAUGUUGGAUGUACUGGAAUAUAUACAUGAAAAUGAAUAUGUUCACGGUGAUAUAAAAGCAGCAAAUCUACUUUUGGGUUACAAAAAUCCAGAUCGGGUUUAUCUCGCAGAUUAUGGACUUUCCUACAGAUAUUGUCCCAUUGGGAACCACAAACAGUAUCAGGAAAAUCCUAGAAAAGGCCAUAAUGGGACAAUAGAGUUUACUAGCUUGGAUGCCCAUAAGGGAGUAGCCCUGUCCAGACGAAGUGACGUUGAAAUCCUUGGCUACUGCAUGCUGCGGUGGCUGUGUGGGAAACUUCCCUGGGAAAAGAACCUGAAGGACCUUUUGAACCCGAGUGGCAUUCCUUUAGGACCAUUGGAAUUUUCCACGAAAGAAGAGGGUGUAAAUGUGCAUACUCCAAACAAUCAAAGAGUUGAUUCACGAAAGGCUGCAACAAAGCAAGUCAAUCAGAUGCAAAAUAGGUUAAUAGGAAAAAAAGUCCACAGUGAAAGAAGUGGUGAGUCCUGUACAACACAGAGGAAAGGGGGAAAGGAGGAGACGCUCAUGGGACUGGUGAACAGUGAAGCAGCUCAGGAAAGCAUAAGGAGAAGACAAAAAUACCAAGAUGCUCAAGAACUUCUGAAUGUAGUAAAGCCUUUCCCACAAAAAUUCAGCUAUAUACAAUUCCCAAAUUCGUUUUAUAAAUCUCAUGAGGAUUUUAUCAGUCUAGAUACAUUUAACAAGUCAAGAUCUCCGUCUGGGUAUAAAUACACUUCCCCAAUUAGUAUAGGAGUCACAGACUUAGACAGAUCUUCAGGACUAUAUUAUUAUGUCUUCAUCAUACUUGUCCUUUUGGUGUUAAUAUGUCUUGCUUUGUAUUUUCUCUGAAGAUACAAAUAGAA